AUGAAUAUUGGCAUGCUCCUGACCCAGCCACCAAUGCUCAAACGCCAGGAAGAUUUAUACUUAGGCAGAGCCACGCCUGCUCCCCACCCAGCCACCAUCGCUCAAGCGCUGGAAAGCCAGCAGGGGAAUGUGAAAGAAUCUUGCGAGAACAACACUUCAAAGGCUUCCACUCAACCUGCUUCAACAGUUCAGGGAGCUCAUGCUUCUCUAUCGCUCAGCAGAUGGUAUCACCUUUAUCAGAAAGUGCAGUCUCAGAAUUCAUCUGACAGCAUAGGCUCCUCACAGAAAGCUUUUGGGAUCCUAGCACGGUGGCCAUCUUACAGAAAAAAUUUGAAAGACUGGUCUACUGAAGAUACACGGAGAAGAAAAGGAGGCGCAGAAAACCUCGGAGUUCCUGCCAUCACUUCUAUGUCUGUUCCAACUCCCAUCUAUCAGACCAGCAGCGGACAGUACAUUGCUAUUGCCCCAAAUGGAGCCUUACAGUUGGCCAGCCCAGGAACAGAUGGUGUACAGGGACUCCGGACAUUAACCAGGAACAAUUCGGGCAGUACUCGGCAAGGUAGGACUCUCCAGUAUGCACAGACCUCUGGUGGACAGCAGGUACUUGGGCCCAGUGACCAGGUAGUUGUACAAACUGCAUCAGGAGAUAUGCAAAUGUAUCAGAUCCGUUCCUCACCUUCAGGUACACAUCACUGCCACAAACUGGUGAUGACAUCUCUGGGGACUCUUACAUCUCAGACAACUAAGACAGAUGGCCCCCAACUGAAGAGAGAAAAAAGGCUGAUGAAAGACAGAGGAGCUGCUCUAGAAUGUCGCAGAAUGAAGAAAGAAUAUGUGAAAUGCCUAGAAAAUCAAGUUGCAGUCCUGGAAAAUGAAAAUAAAACUCUAAUAGAAGAGAUAAAAACUCGGAAGGAUCUUUAUUCUCAUAAAAGUGUUUGA